GUACCAUCUCGGCUCAAGUGCAGACUCCGCUGUUCCUGGAGGGUUGAAGGUUUUCCUGAACUAUUCGGUCUGUAUCAUGAGUCUGUAUGAGUUACCUUGUAGUUUUUUACAGUGAUGAGCGCCGUCAUUCCUCGCAUAGAGCAGCUCUCCAGCAGAGUCGUGCGGGUUCUGGGCUGCAACCCGGGGCCGAUGACCCUGCAGGGAACCAACACUUACCUGGUCGGGACCGGGCAAAGGCGCGUGCUGAUCGACACAGGGCAACCUUCUGUACCAGAAUACAUCAGCAACCUGAAACAUGCACUGGGCCAGUUCAGCACCAGCAUCCAGGAAAUCAUCGUCACACACUGGCACCAUGACCACACCGGGGGGGUGGAGGACAUCUGCAGAGACAUCACCGGAUCUGAGGUCCGAGUCAGCAAGCUGCCCCGCUCCACCCACGUCACAGAAACGGCAGGAAACAAGAGCUAUACCUACCUAAAAGAUGGAGAUGUCAUCAAGACUGAAGGAGCUACUCUCAAAGUGCUUUUCACGCCCGGCCACACGGACGACCACAUGGCCCUGCUGCUGGAGGAGGAGCGCGCCGUCUUCUCCGGGGACUGCAUCCUGGGCGAGGGCACGGCCGUGUUCGAGGAUCUCUACGACUACAUGAGGUCGCUGAAGAUCCUGCUCAGCUCCCAGGCCGACCUCAUCUACCCCGGUCACGGGCCCGUGGUUCAGGACGCCGGCUCCAAGAUCAAACACUACAUCAGCCACCGCGAUCAAAGGGAGCAGCAGAUCCUGGCGGCCGUUCAGGACGGCGAGGGGAAGCCCCUCACUUCCAUGGAGCUUGUCAAGAUUGUGUAUAAGGACACCCCUGAGAACCUGCAUCCAGCAGCCAACGUGAACCUGGUUCAUCACCUGAGGAAGCUGGAGAAGGAAGGGAAGAUCUCUCUGGUGAAAGACUCCCCGCAGAACGACAAAUGGAGGAGUAAUCUAUGAAGUCUACCAGCACUGACGUGAAAUGAUGCAAGUCCAGCUGCUCGACGAGUCGCCACGACGCUCACAACCUUGAAGGGUCAACCUUUCACCGUUGCUUAUGCUUGAAUGCCUUUCUGUUGAUUGACACGUGUAUAAAUGAAGACUCAUUAAAUGUUCCAGAUGUUUUCUGACUUGGAGAAAACAGGAGGAGUGGGACUCAUCAGGACCAGGUUCUAGCUUGGUCCAAAGUUUGUAAAUGUGUUUGAAGGUCAGCUGAGUUCUGUGAACAAGAUUCCGAUCCGACCAGGCGACCAGAUCAAGUGUGUUUUCUUGUUUCUCUCUUUUGUCUUUAGCACUUUCACAGAGUGAAAAACGCGUCUUGUUUGAAAUAUGCCGUGAAUUUAACUGUCGGGCGAGGUGUUAUGAGAAAUAACCCUUUCUUUGUGGGAGUCAUGCUCCUCAUUUGAUUCCGCCUGAGAAACCAGCGCAGAAAUACAGAACCACGGGUUACUCCGUACAGACGGCAGGCUGAGCAGGACUGUUAAUGCUGGAAAUUACUUGCUGUUUGAGUCUGUGUUUAUGCUGCCAUAUGCGUUAACGUCCGCUCACACAGACAACCCGCUGCUUUGUAAACGGACCUCGCUCCAACCACGCAAGGAGAGCGCGUCAUGCUUUGGGUUGCCACCCGUCCCUUGAAAUACGGAAUUGUUCCAUAAAGCCUGAAUUAUGGUUCUGCGUUAAAUUGACGCAGUUAUAAUUUGUUAUGAUAUUGUUGAUUAUGGCUCACAGUUUAUGAAAACCCCAAAUAAAAAAUCUCAAAAAAUUUGAAUAUAUUAUGAAAUCAAUAAACAAUUCAAUCAUCAAAAUUAUAACAAAUAAAGGCUUAACAUACAGUAUCUUGCUUUGCCUGUAAUGAGACUAUGUAAUAUACAUGUAUUAGCUUCACCUCUUAAGUUGAAUUAUUGAAAUAAAUGAACUUUUACACCA